AUGUCGUCCCAAAAUGCUGGUGCAGUGAACCCAAACCCACAUCCACCAAACCAGAUGUUUCCAAAUGCGGGAACAAACCGCCAAGAAACGGAAAGACAACGAAUGUUCCGCCGUGCCUGCGUUCCAGUCACCGUCGUUUGUGCUAUCCUCGCGGCCGUCAUCUAUUACGUCAUCAUGUAUCACACUGGAAUUUUGAAAUAA